CGAGCCGCUGGAAGGCGCCACGAGCUCACGGGCAUGGAGCUGGCGGGAGCAGAGUGCGGCACGAGGGCUCUGUCCCUGGCGUUCGCUGCCAUGGCUGCUCUCCUCGUAGGCCUGGACAGAGAGACCGAGACGGUGGUAUUCAUCAGGAGAACGGCCACUGCCAGGGAUUUGACUGCCCUUUGGGUGAUGACCGUGACUGCUUCUGUGGCCGCCGGGUAUCACUUUCUGCAGCUCUGCCGGAGCAUGGCUUCGGCCGGCCUUGGCCGGAGUUCGAGUCUGCAGAGCAAGUUGGCGGCGUGGCUCCAGUUCCUGCUAGACCAGGGAGCCGCAUAUGCCACCUUCCUAACAACCAUGGCGGGGCUCCAAGGGUCGCUGGUGGGGGUGUUCGGCGUGCACAAAUUGCAAUGGAUGAAGCUAUGCAACAUCUACGGUAGGUUCUGCCGGGAGAUCGGCGGCGGUGUGAUAUGCGCGUUAGUCGCAACUUUUACCAUGGCAAUUGUGGCGGCCAUCUCCGCCCACCGCCUUUUCAAGCUCUAUCCUCGCGGCUCUUUACACUCAAAAGGCAGUACGUGAGAGAUUGGUAGGACCAUGAGAUUGAAGGCCUGGCUCGAGCAGCAUGGAAACAUGAAUGAAUGAUAUUUGUCAACACUUUAUGUGACAUUAUUUACUUAGAUCUACUCCUCUUAAUGAUUGCAACAGCCGGCUG